AAUAAACUAGCAAAACCAUUGCACAAGGGUUUUUCUUACUGCUUUAGGGGUUUAAGCUCAUUGUGAACUCAGAAAUGGCUUCACUAAUGGCGAUUCGGCGAGCGCGAUGCCAGAAAAUCUCUUCCUUCUUCAAGGUACGUCCUCUUCACCCUUCUCAUUUUGCCUCCAUUAAUGCCAAUAACCACAACCUCCAAACCCUAGUCAAAACCCUAAGCACCUCUGCGUUUACCGACGAGUACCAGAGCCCUCCUACGCCGUCCGAUCCUAGGGCUGUUCCCCACCAUGGAAAGCCCCAACGUCAGGGAUAUCCCCAGACUGGAAACCCAAACCCUAACCAGUGGAAUUCGCAGAAUCAGAUUUCCAAUAAUCAGUUCAGUUACCAGAACCAGAAUCAGGACUAUUCCAAUCGGGGGUAUUAUCCCAAUCAGGGUCAGAACUUCCCCAAUCGUGGAUAUCCUAAUCCUGUCCAGAAUCAAAGCUAUCCUCAGCAUGGAAACGCUCAACGGAAUCCCCAAAAUCAGAGCUUUCCCCAAUAUCAAAACCCUAAUCAGACGAAUAUUCAGAACCCGAAUUUUCAGCAACCGAGAAGCCCGAAUCAGUGGAACAACCAGAACCAGGCUUACCCUCAACGCGCGAACCCCAACCAGCGGAAUCAGCAAGUACAAAGCCCUAAUCAGCGGACGCCGCAAGCUCAAAGCGCAAAUCAGAUUACGGACGUUAAACUGACUUCGAUUUCGGAUUUGAGAACGUUGUGCCGGGAGGGGAAGGUUAAGGAAGCUAUUGAAUUGAUGGAUAAAGAAGGGGUGAAGGCUGAUGCGGAUUGCUUUUGUGCUUUGUUUGAGCUGUGUGGGAAAUUGAAGUCGCUGGAGAAUGCGAAAAGGGUUCAUGAUUUCUUCUUGCAGUCGACCUGGAGGGGCGAUCUUCAGCUGAUCAAUAAGGUGAUUGAGAUGCAUGGAAAGUGCGCGAGCAUGACCGAUGCACGGAGGGUGUUCGAUCAUAUGGCUGACAGGAGUAUUGAUUCUUGGAACUUGAUGAUAAAUGGGUAUGCAGAUAACGGUUUAGGAGAUGAUGGCUUGCAGCUGUUCGAGCAGAUGAGGGAGCAAGGGUUGAAACCCGAUUCACGCACUUUCCUUGCACUGUUCUCGGCUUGUGGUAGUGCGGACGCUGUGGAAGAAGCAUUCAUACAUUUUGACUCGAUGAAAACUGAGUAUGGAAUUUCCCCAGAAUUGGAGCAUUACUUGGGGAUACUGGGAGUCUUUGGGAUGUGCGGGCAUCUGAAUGAAGCAGAGGAGUACAUUGCAAAACUCCCUUUUGAGCCCACGGCAGUGGUUUGGGAUGCUUUGAGGGAUUAUGCUCGGAUUCACGGGGAUGUUGAUCGUGAAGACCGAGCUGAGGAGUUAAUGGUUUCCCUUGACCCGUCCAAGGCUGUUAGUAACAAGAUCCCAACUCCACCUCCCAAAAAGCGUACUGCCAUUAGCAUGCUAGAUGGAAAGAACAGAAUAAUCGAGUAUAUAAAUCCAACUCUCUACAAGGAUGAUGAGAAAUUAAAAGCCCUGGCUGCGAUGAAAGACUCUGGUUAUGUGCCCGACACGAGAUAUGUUCUGCAUGACAUUGAUCAGGAAGCUAAGGAGCAGGCCUUGCUGUAUCAUAGCGAGCGGCUGGCAAUUGCAUAUGGCCUCAUUAGUACUCCGGCAAGGACGCCUCUUAGGAUCAUCAAGAACCUUCGAGUUUGUGGAGACUGCCACAAUGCCAUCAAGAUCAUGUCCAAGAUUGUUGGGAGAGAGUUGAUUGUGAGAGAUAACAAACGAUUUCAUCACUUCAAGGAUGGAAAAUGCUCUUGUGGGGAUUACUGGUAACCUUGUGCUGUACUCAGAACUUUUAUUAUACACAGCAGACCAGAGUUUCUUCCAUAUUAGCAUUUAGGGUAUGAAGCGCAAAAAUUGACUAGUUUUGUGGGACCCUUUGGGGAUGAGCACCAUAGUUUCUAGCGUACGGGGUGGCAUAUUUGAAACUAUAUAAUGUACGAUCUUGUUAUUAUGAAUUUAAUCAAUUAUUUGUUAGAAUGUCAAA